AUUUCUCGGACCCACCACCGCAAGAAUGCCUGUAUGCUCCUCUCUCUGCUCAAAUGCGAUCAGACUCCACCGUCAUCAAAAACCCAUCUUUCUUCAAACCCUGAAUUUGUCUCACUUCACUGCAACUAGAGCCAAGUUCGCGAGGAUGUCAAGUCAAGGAGCCGAUGCGGAAGCUCAGAAGUUAAUCAGUUUCUCUCUGUCACCGGCCGCCGCUCUUGUCAUCCAGAAAGGGGACAUCACCGAGUGGUCCGUCGAUGGCUCUUCCGAUGCCAUUGUUAAUCCAGCAAAUGAGAGAAUGCUUGGAGGUGGUGGUGCAGAUGGAGCCAUACAUAGAGCUGCUGGACCAGAACUCCUAGAAGCUUGUUAUAAGGUCCCCGAAGUACUUCCAGGGAUCCGCUGCCCGACGGGAGAAGCAAGAAUUACUCCAGGCUUUAGGGUGCCAGCAUCCCAUGUGAUCCACGCGGUUGGCCCAAUCUAUGAUGGUGGUAGCAAUAGUCAAGCAUCCCUGAGAAAUGCUUACAGGAACAGCUUGAUGGUGGCCAAAGAAAAGGAGCUUCAGUACGUUGCAUUUCCUGCUAUAUCCUGUGGAGUUUUUGGAUAUCCAUAUGACGAGGCUGCCACAAUAGCUAUCUCUACUAUUAAAGAGUCCUCCGAUGGCUUGAAAGAGGUACAUUUUGUUCUCUUUUCAGAUGAUAUUUACAAUGUUUGGGUGAGCAAGGCAAAGGAAUUGCUUCAGCAGUAGAUACUCACCAGCUGUGGUGCUGUCGUCUCUCAGUUACCUAUCGAGACAAAUGCAGAAUGCCGAUUUCAUCAUAAUACGAAUGAUUGAGCUGAUGAUAAGGGUGAACUUGUGAACGAAACAUUUUCUGAGACUUGGCUGGCCGCUUGGUCACUGCUUUGACUAUUCCAGAUUGUUAUGCUGUGGCCUUUGCAUAAUAUGGAUGAGAUAGAUUGUGGUAUGUUCUAUGUCAGUUGAAUUUUUCUCUAUCAUGUGAAAGAACCGACAUUAAGCCUAUUCGAUAUCUUUCCAUCUCU